UUUUUUUUUUAUUAUGAUGAUUUUGUGGCAUUAUGCGUUUUAAUUGUCUCCUUUUAGUUUUUUUCUGAUCGCGCAUGUUUAACUGAAUCGUUCUGCCGAUCUCUAUAGAACUGUAUCGAUUAUUAUCCGGUCGGUCACGAUGACAGUCACAGUGAUCAUCUGUAACUAAUGAAUGAACUGGAAGCAUCUGACCUUUUAUACCAGAAACUGGCAGAUUUUACUUGUGGCCACAGAUAGUUUAUGGACAUUGGACGUACUUGAACAAAGAUCCCGGAAGAAUCGAAGAUAAAUUGUUUAAUUUGACGAUAUUUAGCAGGUCGCAACCGGUCACUCGCGAUAGAAGGCUUUGGAUACAUGUGCUGUUAGAGGACGAACCGAUAAAGUAAUAUAAAAUAAAACUACACGCUCUCCAUCGUCAUGGAUUACAUGCACACGGCCAGAUCAGUGGAAGAUCGUCUCUUGAGCUACAGAAAAGACGAGUCCGGAUGGAAAACAUGCAAGAAAACUAAUGAUGUUGUGGUGUAUUGGAGACCCUCUUGUGAAUUUGCGGGAUACGUGUAUAAGGGGGAGGGGAUUGUCAAUGGCAGUCCAGAGAAAGUGUGGGACUGCUUGAAACCUGAAAUCAAUGGACUACGUGUGAAAUGGGAUGCUAAUAUAAAAAAGUUUGAGCUGCUUGAGCAGGUGUCGGCGGAUGUUUCGGUCUGUCGAACAGUCACGCCUUCGGCUGCUAUGGGUAUUAUAUCGCCUCGAGAUUUUGUUGAUGUCAUUUCCAUUAAACGCUAUGAGGAUGGCACAGUUUCUUCAAAUGCCACCAAUGUAAGCCAUCCAAACUGUCCUCCUCAACCCGGCUACGUCAGAGGCUUCAACCAUCCGUGUGGCUGUUUUUGUGUUCCUGUUCCUGGGGAACCAGGCAAAACGCAGCUGUUUAGUUUUUUCCAGACUGAUCUUGGAGGUUUGCUUCCUCGUUCGGUUGUCGAUUCAUUUUUCCCCACUAGUAUGGUGGAGUUUUACAGCAACCUGACCAAAGCCGUAAAAUCACUUAAAUAGCACCAAUGGUACUUUAUAGAUAAUACCCCCUUUAAUCUUAAAUGUGAAUAUUUUAAUACUUGGAUGCACUUAAUUGCAUUUAAUCAAGCUUUAGUGGAAAGUGAAUUUACCUUUAGAUUUAUUCCUGAUUCUUCCAAUAGCUACACGUGUCCAAACACACUUGCACAAAGACAGUUUUAUAUGUACAGAAUACUGGAACGUUUUGUUUGCCAUAUUAUUUUAGAAAUUCUGAAAACUUGAUUCAAAUGAUGAACUAUUGCACAAACAGUUAUACAUUUACAUUCAUGCAUUUGGCAGAUGCUUUUACAGGGUUUCUGCGGAUAUUAAGUCUUAAUUCACUCCUACAUCAAUUAAGGUCUUAAAAAGGUGCUGAAAGUUCAUGAAGUUAUGGCAUUAAAUGUUGCAUGCACUGCAAAAAUGAAUAAUUUCCUCAGUAUUUUUGUCUUGAUAUUGUGGGGGAUCAAAUAUCUGAACAUGCUUAAUCAAGAUGCAUUUACUUGUGAUGCAAAUUGAAUAUAUGAAGUCUGAAACCGAACUUAGCUGAACAAAAUUAAGCGAGUUUAUGCUUAAAACGAGAACAAAUGUGUCUGUCAGUGGGGUCUGAAAUCUUGUUUUCUCUGAAUUAAUUAUUUUUUUUUUGUCCAUUGGCAGACAUUUGCUCUUGUUUUUUUCGUAAAUUUACUUCAUUUUGAUUCAUUUGUCAGAAAACAUGUGCUUCUUGAUAAAAAAUUUUUUUAGACGUUUGC